AGAUUUUUGGUAUCAGCUGAACUUUUCUUAAUCAUUGAAUUGCUCAUGCUCCAUCCGCGCAGUUUCCUUCGGUUUAAAUUUUAUUGAUUUUAAUUCCACGCGUUUCUCCGGCGAGGAAGUCAAAAGCCAGUUGUUUGCUAAGUAACAAAAAUUUGCUUCAAGUAAAAUGGCCUAAAUUGUACAGUCUUUAGCGUUUGCCUUCUCAGCGGAUAAAUAAACCAGUGGAUAUGAUACUGGUGGUAAGUGGUAGCAUUGCUCUCCAUUCAUUUCCGUAAUUGAGCUUUUUAUUGCAAGUCUCUUCCUACUGACCAUUAUUUCCAUCAUUCCAAUAGAGUAAAAAAACAGCUAGCCGUAAUUUGCGUAGUGGACUUCUCUUAAUGGAUUAUUUAAUUGUGAUUCCCAGUUGCUUUGAUGUGUUUUCAUUGCAAUUGGUACAGUUCAUUUGAUUUUAUGAAUGAGUUCGGCGCGCGUUUUGUUGCACUUGUCGUUUAGUACCACCGUUUCCAUUCAGUAGCUCCAAGCUUAGACAGCAUUGUGGUUGAUGGUUGAUUUCGAAUGGAACACAAACACGCAUAAAUCACUCCUUACCGGUUGUCAUUUAAACAUCGGUCAUUUUUUCCUUUCCUAGUUAAAUAGGUUUCUUCUGCGUUGUCAAAACACCUGAGCAGGGAAGCCAAAUUUGUACAUUUUCAAGAAAUAAGGAGUACCGAAAGCCGUUAUUGUGUGGGUGGCAAACUUUUUUGAAUUACAUAGAGAUGCGACCGAUAUGUUUACCGUAGCCUUUACCCGAAAUAAUUAUUCACGCUUUUAUUACAAUGCUUUUUUAAAUAAGAUUGACGGAGCUUCAAAACGCCGAAACUAAAAUAUUCAUUUAUUGAGAAAUCGAACUAUAAAUUUUGAAAAUAUUUUACUUAACCUCAUUACCUGUGUUUAAAUUAUGCCUAAACCAAUUUUUAGUUGGGGGUUACGGUAUUGAUUUCUUGACUUGUCCUAAUUAUGCAAAAUUUAUGUUUUCAGAAGCAAUGGCUACUAACACGUCAAUUUUGCGAACAGAUAGCGAAACAUAAACUUGUCGAUUUUAACCAGCUGAGAUUUAUUGACGUUUGUUAUGGCGCACAUGUUGUGAUAGCAGCUUGUUCCCGCAUGUCACGAAUCAAUGGAAUUACUAAAAAGUCUGGUCAAACCUAAGAAGCCGCCCGAUAAAUUGUUUCCUCUAAUGGAUCUCUGGAACUGUUUUUGAAAACUUGAACAUUCUGAUUCGAGUUCUUUACUUAAAACUAUAAAUUGACCAAAACUGGUAGUCAGUUUUCACGGAAGCACUGGCUUGGAAGUUAAAAUUCGUAACUAAAACGUUGAUUAAUGUUAAUACUAAUCUUUGUUUCUAACACUCUUCCAGACAUAUCUUCUACAAGCCUUUAUUCGAUACACCGUUUCCAUCUAAUGUUGUAAAUGACAAUCAUGCCUUGCAAUCCAGCUUCCAAUCAUCUUCUCUCGGCCUUAUUAUUUGCUAUAUUACUCCUCGCAUUCCACACUGAAAGUAAAACUGACCACGUAGUCUCUGGAAUCUCCUGGAAAGUGAUCAAGCCACCCAGAACUGAACGCGGAAAUGAAACAUUCCAUUUAAUGGUUGGGUCAACAUUUGAAUACAAUUGGACAAUAAGAAUGCCCAUCGACACAACCCAAAAAUUGCCCAUCAUAAUUAUCAAAAAAGUGAAUGGCUCUAUAGAGAACGAAGUCACCUGGGAUAAGCUCAACAGUAACUGGUCACAGCGACUCCCUCUAUUGCCUAAUGUUAUGCGUAUGAAUAAUAAGGUGAGAGGUGAAAGUUGUGCAGAACAAGUUACUUAUUUUUUCACAGAGAUCAGGAAAGAACAGACUUCAACGAACAAGGAGUUGGGCUAUUUUGACAUCACCCUGAAGAUCCCACGAGUGGACAGGUCGUGUGAGCUGAAGUUUGAUUUAGUCAUUACGGACAGAAGUCCUAAAGUAGUGAUUAAUGAGGCCGUGAAGCUGAAAGCUUACGAAAAAGCCAAAUUCAGUCCAAGUGAAGUCAUUUUCAAAAUGAACAACACUGCAAUAGAAAUGGAAGUUGGAUUCGAAGGGUAUCCUCAGCCUAAAAUCCAAUGGUUUUGUCAGCGCUUCCUAGCUUCUGAGUCUUUCGAGAUGAGGGAUUUUACUGGGAAGACGAAACUCGUGGUCUCUUCCGACUUUCUGCCUUAUAAACAGUGCAUUAAUGUGAGCUGUACAAUUUCAAACAGAGUAUGCGAGGGGUAUGAUUUGGCUGAAAACCAGUUGUCUAAAGGUAACUCGACGUGUUAUUUACAUUCCGUUUCAUUGUGGCCUCAAAACAAGCCUUUAAGUAGCUUUCUAACAAAAUCAGUUCCAACUUCGAAUGAAGGCAAAACGCUCUCUACUCAUCAGAAUGAAUGCGUGGCCGAAAAUAAAUUUUGCAAACAUAUUUUUGCAGCUGAUUACUUGACUCCCAAAAUAAAUCGAGAUGUAAUACUAGAUGCAAAAAGUUUAUUGAGUGAGUUUGCCAAUGUAAUGACAUCUCUCUGCGAGGAGUUUACUCGGAACUUGACUUGCUCAUAUAUGUUCACCGACGAAACUUGCUACGACCAUGAUGUCGAAGAAAAUAAGUUCUUCCGUACUUUAUACGUGCCUCGACCGCGCUAUUUUUGCAAAGAGAAUUUGGUCUCUUGGCAACAAUUUUGCCCUAGAGAGUUUGUUAAAAGGUUAGCCAUUGACGAAAAACUGAAUCCUGAGCAUUGUACCGCGAAGUUUAAUUUUAAAACGCAAUUUCCCUCCAAACCUUGUUCGCCUGAACCAUCGAAUGGGGAUGGCGGACCUAGCUUGUGGCGCUAUACCCACAAGAAGAACAUCACAAUCACUGGGCGUCAGUGCAAAAGUUGGGCUGAAGCCGAGCAAUCUGAAUUUUACAACAAGUUGAAUGAGUUUAUGCCGCCAUCAAGUGACUUUGACAGGAAUUACUGCAGACAUGCAUUGACGAAGAAUCUCACCCAUCCAGGGUGCUUUGUGGGUAAAGGGAAUGAACUAGAGUUUGAGACUUGUUCUGUUGUGCGGUGUUCGUUAGACUUCAGGAUAGUUGCCGGAGGGGACGUGGCCUCUUUGCCGGGAAUUGGAAGCUGGAGACAGGACAGUCCCCUGACUGACAGGAAGCUCCUCUAUGCCACGCCCCUCUUGGCAUUUAUUAUCCUCAUGUUGCUUGCAACGAUUGCCUUUGUGUACUACAAACGUGCCUCUCGCAUAUCGCUCGUGCCUGUGUCUCCCGAGCUGCUCAAUACAGCAAAUGUGCGUCUACAUGCGAACCCAAAAUACGAGGACAAAGAAGCUGAUAAACCAUCACUCCAUGGUGCUCACAGAAACCAGGCUAGCAAUUCCGGCAAUCUGCUGUCGGAAUUAGUGAGACCUAACAGACAGCAGCAGCCAAUGGGAGUACCCCAUUCGAUAAGCAUCAAUUUUAAUAGGCAUAGUGUUCAUAGCAACCCAACGUCUACGCGACAUGAUUCGUUCACGAGUAAUGCGGGUAGCGAAAGAGGAAUGAACGCGUUGCGAACUUCGCCCUCAGUCGGAUCAGAAUUCGGCUUUUUCAGCUUUCCUACGAACGACUGUCCGGAGCCUCCGACAAUGUUUAAUACCUUCAGUAGAGUGAAUCACCAGACACUGCGCCAAAUUGAUCCGAGACUGGAGUAUGACAGAAAUUCAAUUCAGUACAAGUCUGACCUGGGUACAGGUGCCUUUGGACAAGUAUUUCACGCCGAUGUGACAGAUAAAAACAAUCCGGAGAAAAAAAUGGAGGUCGCUGUUAAAAUGCUAAAAGAUGUCAGGUCACUGGAAACUAAAAGGUCAUUCCAACACGAAGCACAACUCUUGGCUAACUUUAGUCACCCCAAUAUUGUUAAACUGAGAGGAGUAUGCUCGAAGGGACAACCGUUUUGCAUGUUGAUGGACUACAUGAAGUAUGGCGAUUUGAGGAAGUAUCUGGCCUCGUGUACUGGUGGUGGAUCAUCAGAUGGAACCAAACGACAAUUGACCCCAACCGAUCUUCUUAUGAUCAGUCAGCAAGUUGCAUCCGGCAUGUCGUAUGUGUCUGAGAGGAACUACAUCCAUCGUGAUCUGGCCACCAGGAACUGUCUGGUGGGCGAGGGUCUUGUGGUGAAGAUCACUGACUUCGGCCUGAGCAAGCAGCUGAAAGACGGCUGUGAGUUUCUCAUGUUGGAACCCAGUGAGGGAGUGGUUCCCAUGCGCUGGAUGGCCCCAGAGGCACUGUCAAUCGGAAGGUACAGUAGGCAGAGCGACGUGUGGAGUUUUGGAGUGCUCCUCUGGGAGGUGUUCACAUUCGCCAUGCAACCAUACUACGACAAAGAAUUGCAAUGCAUUGUAGACUUCGUCACAAACGGUGGAGUUCUAGAUCGUGUUUGCGGAACCAGAGUCAUCCCAGAAGAUGUGUACGGUGUAAUGGAGGAGUGCUGGAACUUUCAGCCCUCGAGGCGGCCUCCGUUCAGAACACUAUACGAGCAGUUGGACUCUCUCCUGAAAAAGUACACAGCUGCGGGACCUAUUCUACAGCCGCACAUGGGGUCCCUGGGAAGACAUCGAGUGUCCUCACAGAGAUUAGGAAGUGUGCGUCAUGGAUCUACGGAUCAUGGAGCUGAUCAUGUCCAUACAAACUCAUCAAUAUGUUGAGCCCCGGAUAGACCGGCGCAUCUUUUAUUUCCCUAAGUCGGGUCCAGAAAAGUCGGCUUCAAAUUUGUUCUGAAUGCAAACAAAAUGCUGCGCAGGAGAGCCACAAUUCUGGGCAUCUGUCGAAAAACGUUGGAAGUGACUCAUCAGAUUUCAGCUCAUAUCAUGACAAACUAAGCUUUUAAAAGAGUCGUCAAUUAUAAUUGAAAACUUGCAAAAAAUUCAGCGGAUAUCCCCUGGAUGGAAUACUAUUUAUAACGCGAUGAUUUGUACGGUUUAAUUUAACACAGCCAAGCUCUAGAAAGGUGACUGUGUCAUUUGCAGUGUUUUUGGCUCCGUUGUGUUUAUAAAUCAGAUAUUCUAAUCAAAUUAGGCCCUUUUACAUUUUCGUGCUUUCGUAUGUAAUGCAAUGGAGUAAGUUAUGUAGGAAACCUGUGCAGUAUACAUCAUAUUUAAGGUGUUUUUCUCGAGGAAGGAUCCUUUUGAGUUUUUGAGCUUUACAGACCUUUGCUUAGUUUAUGUUUGCUUUGUAGUUUUUGUAUGUAUUUAUUGUUCAGUUGAAGAUAUUGCUCCGUUCAUAAAAAUUUGCUUAGUUCAAUCGGGCAUUCACAAGGGUACAAAAAUUAUUUUGUUUCUUGAUCUAAUUUUCCAUUCGUUAAGUUGAGUAUUUAUUUAUUACUUGCUGUUUGUAACAUUCCAUUCAUCGUUAAGACAUUCACCCUAAAAGCAAUCAGACUGCCUUUUUCUUUAUACGCUAAACACUGAAAUUAGAAAAAAGUGCGUUCAUUUCUUUAGACUCAGAAUAAUUAGUUCUAAAUGUGUUAAGUUUGUGCAGUAUUUUGAAAUACCAAGAGUUAGAUGAAUAAAUCAAAGUUUGGUAGUCGAGCUGCUAUGAUGUCAAAAAUAAAUGAAAUUUAGUUAAGUUAUAAAUCCAAAAUGUUAACUUGUUCAGUUGUUGUUCGGGCAAUAUUUAUUUGUAAAAGCGUAGUGCAAAUCAGAAAGUUCUAUUUUUGUUUUCUAUAUUAAUCUUUAGCACCGGGAACCUUGUCAAAACUUGCCCCCACAUACAUGCGUAAAAGAUGGGAGAAAUUUAUGCUAGGCAAAGACCGGAGUUGGAGCGCUUUUUCGUUGGUGGUUUCAUAAUAUGAAAUGUGUUCCGUUGUAGCAUGGCUAUUAAAUUGAUGCGUGCCGCCAUAUAAUCAUAAGGUUUCCUGUGCUGUGCUGUUUAUGAUCCAAGAAAUUGACCCUUUUUCUACAUCCUUGUCUCAUCUCUCAUCAUCCGUCUGUUGAUCGAUUGCAAUUACAGACCGCUUGAGUGCAUAUUUUAAAUUGCAUAUUCCAUAUUCGCUGUUGUCAAUAUUUUGAAAUCCGAAAAUUCAAAUAAAAAUUGUCUUUA